AUGGGGAAGACUCGUGGGCUCGGAGCCGGCCGUAAGCUUCGCAACCUCCGCCGCGAACAGCGCUGGGCGGACAAGGAUUACAACAAGGCGAACCUCGGUUCGGAGUGGAAGAAGCCGUUCGCCGGGUGCUCGCACGCCAAGGGGAUCGUCCUCGAGAAGCUCGGCAUCGAGGCCAAGCAGCCGAACUCCGCGAUCCGUAAGUGCGUCCGCGUGCAGCUCAUCAAGAACGGCAAGAAGAUCGCGGCGUUCGUCCCUCGCGACGGUUGCUUGAACUUCGUGGAUGAAAACGACGAGGUCCUCAUCGCCGGUUUCGGACGUAAGGGUCACGCCGUCGGUGAUAUCCCCGGCGUUCGUUUCAAGGUGGUGAAGGUGGCGGGUGUUGCGUUGACCGCGUUGUUCCGCGAGAAGAAGGAGAAGCCGCGUUCGUAAGCGGGCGGUGGGGCGCCGGGACGCGAUGAUUCCGGGGUGAAUGCAAAAAAGCGCUUAGCAGCGCGUCGUCGUUCGCCUUUGUGAUCGGGAAUCCUAUUCAAAAC